CAACAACGUGCGAGACCCGGGACUUUGCCUAAUUAACAUUCAUAAGUGCCCGAAAUUGGCAUUUGCGCUUGAUAGAACCAUCACUCCCGCCCUCGGUACGCUCUAUCUACGCCCGCUGGAUCGUAGCUACCGCCUUUCAUGUCCCAGUCACCAGCAGAGAGAGCGAUAGAAGAAGAUGACAAGACAGAAGCGCCACUGACUAUGGCUGCGUCUGUCAUCCUGACAAAUUUGCCACGCGACGCAUCGAAAGCUCUCGAGACAGCAGGGAACCUGGGGGUAGAGAAGAUCACUGUCCGCCUUCAGCCCAUCGGAUCAGCACCUCAUCUCAACCAGAGGGUAUUCAAACUAUCGACAAACCAGCGCUUUGAGACCAUCGUUCGCUUCUUACGGAAACGGCUGGGAGCCAAGGAGCAUGAGAGCGUGUUCUGCUAUGUUGGUAGCGUCUUUGCACCAGCGCUUGAUGAAGGUGUAGGGAAUCUCUGGACGUGUUUCAAACAGAAUGAAGAACUUGUUGUAGGCUACGCAAUGUCACCGGCAUUUGGAUAGUGGCGAAAAAUUCAAUGUCUCGAUUAUAUGCAUCAAACGUCAUGUAUAAGCACAGCAGAGCAAGUCUCCCCCCCAUCUAAAACCAAU